CCGCCGCCGAGAAGGAGCUCGACAAGGUCAACGCCGAGGGCGUCGACGGUGUCGGCAAGAAGAAGAAGAAGGACAAGGUGCCGCUCCGCAAGGGCGCCCACAUGUCCAAGGCCGACAAGAAGGCCAUGAAGAAGCUCUCGAACGCCGACCGCACGACCUACCUCCUCGAGGCCAACCACCCUGAGCUCAAGACGGUCUGGGAGGACCUGUCCAAGACGGCGCUCACCCCGGUCGAGAAGGCGGUCCAGCCGGCGGGCCUCACCCAGAAGCUCUUGCCGUUCCAGCUCGAGGGUGUCAACUGGCUCAUCAAGCAGGAGCAGUCGCCGUUCAAGGGCGGCUUCCUCUGCGACGAGAUGGGCAUGGGCAAGACGAUCCAGACUAUCUCGCUCAUCCUGUCCGACUGGUCGCCGUCGCACCCCAAGGGCUCGACGCUCGUCCUCGCGCCGACUGUCGCCAUCGUCCAGUGGAAGAACGAGAUCGAGAAGUUCACCAAAGGGUUCAAGGUCCUCAUCUUCCACGGCACCAACCGUCUGAGCAACGUCAAGGAGAUGGAGAAGUACGACGUCGUACUCACGAGCUACUCGGUCCUCGAGUCGACUUUCCGCCGCGAGCACAAGGGCUUCACCAAGAAGGGCAAGAUCAUGAAGGAGGACUCGAUCCUGCACAAGGUCAAGUGGCACCGCGUCAUCCUCGACGAGGCGCACAACAUCAAGGACCGCCAGGCCAACACGGCCAAGGCGGCGUUCGCCCUCCAGGCGCACUACCGCUGGUGCCUGUCGGGCACGCCGCUCCAGAACCGCGUCGGCGAGCUCUACUCGCUCAUCCGGUUCGUCGGCGCGUCGCCGUACGCCAACUACUUCUGCAAGCGCUGCGACUGCUCGUCGCUGCACUGGCUCUGCACAAAAGGCUCGUGCUCGGAGUGCGGCCACUCGAGCAUGCAGCACACGUGCUUCUGGAUGCACUCGGUGCAGAAGCCGAUCCAGUUCGGCGGCGCCGCGUCGGGCCCGGGCCAGGCCGCGUUCGACAAGCUCAACAUGCUCCUGCGCCGCCUCAUGCUGCGCCGCACCAAGGUCGAGCGCGCCGACGACCUCGGCCUCCCGCCUCGCGUCGUCAACAUCCGCCGCGACUACUUCACCGAGGAGGAGGAGGAGCUGUACCAGAGCCUGUUCCGCGACGUCCGCCGCAAGUUCAACACGUACGCCGACGAGGGAACGGUCCUGAACAACUACUCGAACAUCUUUACGCUCAUCACGCGCAUGCGCCAGAUGGCCGACCACCCGGACCUCGUCAUCAAGAGCAAGACGGCGCAGCCGAUCCAGCACGCCGCCGCCGACCUGCCGCAGGAGAUCAUCACGUGCCGCCUGUGUCUCGACGAGGCCGAGGACGCCGUCAAGACGUCGUGCCGCCACAUCUUCUGCCGCGAGUGCGUGCGCCAGUACCUCGAGACGGCCAUCGAGCACAAGCCCGAGUGCCCCGUGUGCCGCCUGCCCAUGAGCAUCGACCUCGACCAGGACGCGAUCGAGGUCGACGAGACGAACCGUCAAGGCUUCCUCGCCCGCAUCGACCCGACCAAGAGUCGCACGUCGACCAAGAUCGAGGCGCUCCUCGAGGAGCUCAGCAAGACCCGCACCGAGGACCGCACGCUCAAGACGCUCGUCUUCUCCCAGUUCACGACCAUGCUCGACCUCGUCGCUCGCCGCCUGCAGCUGAGCGGGUUCAAGUUCGCGCGCCUCAUGGGCACGAUGACGCCGACCGCGCGCGACAACACGAUCAAGCACUUCUCGACCGAUCCCGAGUGCACCGUCUUCCUCAUCUCGCUCAAGGCGGGAGGCGUCGGCAUCAACCUCGUCGAGGGCAGUCGCGUCAUCAUCCUCGACCCGUGGUGGAACCCUGCCGUCGAGCUGCAGGCCAUGGACCGCGUCCACCGCAUCGGCCAACACCGCCCGGUCCAGAUCACGCGGCUCAUCAUCGAGAACUCGAUCGAGUCGCGCAUCGUCGAGCUGCAAAAGAAGAAGGAGCACCUCGCUGCGUCCACCCUCGGCGACGACGACAAGGCUAUGGGCCGCCUCACGCCCGACGACCUCCAGUUCCUCUUCAGCUGAAGAAAAGGCGUCCCUCGCCUCGUUCCCGCCUCGCUUUGCCUUUGUUUCCCUUUCCCCCGCCCUCGAGUGCGCGACGGGCUCGUCGCGUGCCGUCCUCCCUAUCUGUAGCCUCUGUCUCUCUCGCUUUCUCUCUUCCCCUACGUACCUGUCACGCGCUUCUUUACGACCCG